UCGCGCGCGCGCGUGUCGUGUUCGGUCCUCUUUUUCUUUUUUCUUCCUUUCUCCUCCAUUCCUCUCCGCCUUUUUCACGAACACCUCUCCCCCGUCCGUCACUCUCUCGCUCGCACGUAGCCCUCCUUCCCCCCGUCUUCGUCGCUCUUCACGACCCGUCGUAUUUUAAUGUUCUCUCCAUCCGUACGGGUUCGGAAUUGGUUUUAAGGUGUGUGCGUGCGUGCGUGAAUGCGUACGUGUAUGCGAGUGCGUGUACGAGCGUGUGCAUUUGUAUUCGCGCAUUAACGUGUGUGUGCGUGUGUGCAUGUGUGCGUACAAUGUUUGGUGUGUACGUGUUGUGAUGCCCAAACGGACGAAAAUAAUAUCGUCGAGUAGAUCUGCCGAUGCGGUGGUAGUGGCGGCGGUGGUGGUGGCGGUGGUUGCGGUGAAGUUGUUGUAGUGUGGUAGUGGUAGUAGCGUAGUAGUCGAAAAAGAAACGCGUUCGUCUCGCCGCCGUCCGCGCACACCGGGCGUUUUCGAAACGGGUCCGGGCCGCACACACGAUAACGUUCCGCGACAAUAUCACACUCACACGCGCGCGCGCGCGCACACACAUAUACACAAACGAUAAUAGUGCAACAUAAUUUUUCAAUCGAGUCCGAACAGCGCGCCGCGUUCUUCUCACACGCUCACCUCAUCGUCGUCGUCGUCGUCGUCGUCGUCGUGAUAAUACUGUUAUUAUUGUAAAAUAAUAAUAUUAGUAUAUCAAACGCACACACACAUACACACACACACACACACACAUUCUACGUAUAUCUACAUGUAGGAUAGGGUACAGAUAAAUGUUUCUUUCGCAUACGCACGAGCUCCGUGGAUAAAACAAUCGAAUCCGUUUCGCCAACAGUUGUAAGUACCACCCGGUUCGUUAUUUAUUUUUUUUCUAACCAUGAGGCGUUGAUCUCUACAAUAUCCUCGUCGCCGCCGCCUCCGACGGACGUGCACCUUUCCGCUUUCAGCUUUCGUCCCAUCCGGGGAAAGAUUAAUAAAUAUAUAACAGUAAAUCACACACGCGCGCGCGUUACCCAUCGUUAUUCGUUUCUCGCGUGUCCGUUGUUUGUUCCCAAUAUCCCGACCGCGUUGUGUGUGUGUGUGUGUAUGUGUGUCCGGCGGCGCCCGAGAUAACGGAACAACGCAACGCAAAGGCUGUACGUACGCAUUCACAACCUUCGCCACCGUUCGUCAUGUCAGUCAGCCAACAGUUUUGCCUGCGAUGGAACAAUCACCAGAGGACACUCAUCUCGGUGUUCGACAGCCUCCUGGAAAGCGGCACCCUGGUCGAUUGCACGCUGGCCGCUGAGGGCCGGUACCUAAAAGCCCACAAAGUCGUCCUAUCGGCAUGCAGUCCGUACUUGGGGGUUUUAUUAAGUCAACACCAAGAAAAACAUCCAAUCUUAAUUUUAAAAGACAUUAAAUUUCAAGAAUUGAAAUCAAUGUUGGAUUAUAUGUAUCGAGGUGAAGUGAAUAUUUCUCAAGAAGAACUUGGUACUUUUUUGAAAGCUGCUGAAUCUCUUCAGAUAAAAGGUUUAACAGAAAGUGCUGGUAUUGGGGUACGUGAUAAUUCAGAUUUUGAAGAUCCUGUAUCCAAACGUUUUGAUCACAGAAAAUCACAACCACCUUCUCUAUCAUCAGUCAGUUCUAAUUCGCCUACCAUUUGGAGCCAAAAUGAAACUAUACGUACAUAUUCGAGGCCAAGAGAAGGUAGUUUAUCACCAACUAGCAAGAAACGGAAAUUACAACGAACAAAUGGAUCAGAUGAUCAUCAUCAAGAUAAUGGUGAUGAUAGUAUGACUGAAUCAGAACCUCAAGGAGUAGAAAAAUCGCCUACUAAUAAUAAUAACAUCCCUUCAUCAGUCAAUAAAGUAAUAAAAACAGAACCUUACCACAAAUCAUGUUCACCAGAAAAAGAGGUGAUCAAAACUGCUGAGAGCCAGAUGGUUAAACCUAAGGUAGAAUCAAUAUCUGGUGAUCGACAAGAGUGUUUGACAGAAAUGUCAUACGAUGAUAGUGUUGAAGAUAUGACAUUAGAAGAAGAAGAAGAAGAAUAUGAUGAAAAUGAAUUAUCACAGCCUGGUACGUCACAAAGAGAGACCAAUCAUACAGUAACGCCACAAUCAAAUUCAUGGCAAUUAGAAACAUCAAAUCAAGACAGUACAAAUACUGUUAAUACACCAAUGGAUUGCAAAGAGUCCGAUUCGUUGGCGGAAAAAUUCGAGUGCAAGCUGUGUGGCAAGGUGUACCAGUGGAAGCAGAGUCUGAAGAGACACAUCCGCGAGGACCGGUGUGACAAAGGGCCGCAGCACGCCUGUCCCCGGUGUGGCAUGAGCUUCAAGCACACCAGCCGCCUCAACAAGCACGUGAUCCUGUGCCCGCACAUCGUGUUUGACGACAAUCCGGCCACCACAUCCGCGCCCGCCUCGUCGUCCUCGUCAACCGUGCAGCGCAUACUCAAGCUGCCGCCCCCGUGCCCAGACGCGUUGCCUAUCACCGCCGUGUCCACGAGCACCACCACGACACCAUCGCCGUCCCAGACCAUACUGGUGUUGCAUUUGAAAAAUCAGAGUUUGGCCCAGAAUUGGAAUUCUAAGAUCCAAAAACUGGGCAAUUAAUAAUGAAAAAAACAAUAACAAUUGAAUACGUGGUGUUGCGGGGGAAGAGAACAUUUUCGAAAAAUACGUUUUUUUCUAUAUUUUAAAUAUGUGUGCAGGAUUAGUUGUUUAUGUGUGUGAGUGCGUGUGUGUGUGUGUGUGUGUGGAAUCUGUACGAAAAUUUAUGUUUAUCAUAUUUAUUCUCGGAGGGUCUCAUCCUGUACAAUGUGCGUGACCUUUCGCAUUUUUAUUACUAUUAUUAUUAUUAUUAUUAUUAUUAUUAUUAUUAUUAUUAUUGUGUAUUAUACUGACUGAACGCGCGCGUUUGGGUUUUACUUAAUUACACGUGUAAAGCAUAAUGGGUUGUUUGUACCUAUAUGAAUAUUUCAUGACGUGUUCAUUUACACUCGUCGCGUCCUGUUCACGUCAAACCAAAUGCAAUGAUUGCGAAGCUUUAAGAUUUAAGUUCAAAAACUAUUUCACGUGGCAUAAUAUCAUGUAAUACCGUGUACUAUUAUCGUGCAUUAUUUAUACUAGUCAAAUAUGGAACAACACAAUCUAGUCUUGUUUUUUUUUUUUCUUCUUUUAUGUAAUUACUUAUUUUCGUUUUGUGCAAUUUAUUUAGGGACAAAAUAUACCCCCGUUUUUUUCGUUUAUAACGGCGUGUAUCGAUUUAAUUUAUAUUGUAUAAGUUUUAUUUUAAUUACUUAGGUAGUUCUAUUGUACUUAUAGGUUAUAAUGUUAUAAUGUAUAAUGUUAUACCGGAAAUGUUUUAGACAUCGAUUUGUGAUGUAUGUACCAAAUAGUCUCUAGUCAGUCACUAUAUAAAUAUGCAUUAAAAUAUAAUAUAGUCAAUAAGGUUGAAAAUAUGUGACGGCAGUUCUCUCCAACCGACGAAAUUAUUUAAUUCAUUGAUGACAUUUAUUUUAUGAGUUAUUUAUAUUCGUUCGUUUGAAAUCAUUUUAUUUUCAUUUGAAAAAUUAUCGUUUGUUGUAAUCGAUAAAUUUUAUUUGAGAUUUUUUCUUUAUAUAGUGAACAAAUAUUCUCUAAACUUUUCAUAUUAAUUAACUAAUUUUAUCAACGGUCGAAACUAAAUGUACUUUUAUAAUAUUAAAAUAUUGUUAUACUUUAGGGACGUCGAGAAAAUCAUAAUCAUUGCCGAUCUAUCGACCAAUGGUUGCAUAUUAUAUUGUCAGUGUGUAAACUUUAACUUAGCGAAUUCGAAUAUAAAUGUGUUCGCGCGUUAUCAAACGCGAUUGUGAGAGUAUAUAGAGAUGAAUGUCACAUUAAUUUAACAUAUUAUAUUAUAUACACCUACACGAAUUUAUUCUUUAUGUAUUUAUAUACAUUUUAUUUUCCAGUUGUAUUAUACGUAAACAAAAACGCACAAAACACGAGUAGAAUGUGAAAACGUAUUAUAAUGUAACACAGGUACAUAAUUAUCUUAGUUAUUGUUUUUGCGUCUUGUCUUUAAAGAGGUUGUGCGUAGGUGCGUAUUGUAUUUUGAAUACAGUCAACGAAUAUCUCGAGCUUGUCCGUAUGUACUAUUUAAAUGUUUUCGAAUAAUUAAGUACAAAAAUACGUGAUGUUAUUUUCACAAGUGCGGGUCCGGUUUUUCGCGCGUAUAAUUAAUGGGGAAAUUCGUCGAGCUUAUCGAACUGUAAACAAAAUCGCCUCUCAGACGCAUAAAAUAUUAUAAGAUCAAAGUUGUAUAAUAUCUUUUUUAAAUCCGUUGACAAAAUAUUGGUAUACAUGUAGGUCCGUCUGAUGGCACAUAGGUUAAAUGAACCAUAUUUUCAAAUUAUUCAGUUUCAUUUUAUUUUAAAUAUUCAGCAGGAUUGUUCAUAUUUAACAUGUUACAAGCUGGUAUAUGAUAUAGGUAU